AUGAAUAACAAUAAUAGACCAAAACAAAAAGUUAAUAGUCCAUUAUCAAAAUCAAAUAACAAAUAUGAUCAUAGUGAAAUUGAGUUGAAUGAACCAACUCCAUGUAAUGUUGAACAACGAAUUGAUAUAAGUCAAUUGCAAUUAUUUCCACGAAUGUGGUAUAUUAUUAAAUUUUCUGCAAAGAAAACUUAUUCAGUAUGUAAUCUAGCUGGUGAAAAAUUAGCUUGGUUUUUCGGUAUAACAAAACCAAAAUAUCAUGCUGAAAUUCAGUAUUAUGAACGUAUGAAUGAAGAGGAACGAGUAGCAUGGCGACAAGCAUUUCAAGAUGUUGAACACAUUAGUCAUAUACGAGAUUCAAUCGUGCAGAUAAGUACCUGGCAAUGUUGA